CAGGAACUGCCGAUUCUCAUUCUCAUCAGCCUCACAAAAAGAGAUCCGCGAAUCAACUACUACAUUGGAAGCUUCCUAAGAAAUUCCGAAUUGACUACCUAAGCUUUCCUUCUAGUACCACCUCUCUUUUAUCCUCUUCUUAGUUAUACCAUCAAUCUCACAUUUGGUCGGAAAGCUACAGCGUCAUAUCUUUUUUUGUCAAUAUUUACUCGACAACGGCCGAAUGGACCGGCGUACCUAUGAAUCUCCCAUGGACUGGGAAUACCAGAAUAAUGCUCCUGUAGACCCGUCAAGUCCGUUUGUACAGUCCACUAAGAGAUUACAAGCCAAAGGUAUAUUCGGCUCUUCGAGUCUCCUUAACGACAAAAACGGCUCUCACAACACCUUCGGUCAGAAUCCAUUCGAACGCACGCAAAGCACCCCGUCGUCUAGUAAAGCGCCGCCUCUCACGCCUCAUCCACCGUCUAUCUUCUCUACAUCUGCUCUCCAAAGAACAGCCACAGCGCCGCCCUUUCGAAAUCCUGCCUUCACGACACCAAGGAAACCCAUCGAUUCUGAUGCGCUAUCCGAGUUCUCGCCUGCCGAAUCCAGUCCUGCCGUUACUGACGUGUCCGACUAUCCCGACACCCCUGAGAAUGAACGUUCAUCUAAUCUUGCGCAUAUGACUAUUACACCCGCAAAUAUGAGUAAAUUCAAAGCGCUUUCACCAAAGAAGGCCUCCGGUAGAGGUGAAAUAGCCAGGACUAUCUUUGCUUCACGAGAUAAGGUGCGCAAGAGGAAGCGGUAUAAUGCCGAUAGGGAUGUCAGCGGAUAUCGCCUACCUUAUAUCCAACAGGAUGAAUGCGACGAGUCAGAUUAUGAGUCAGAUGAGAGCACAUUCCAGCCGAGCAGAUCCCGUAAGGAUCAAAUAAGCCGCGGCAAGGAUGGAUGGUUCGGCACCUUUCUAGCCACUGUUCAGCGACAUCCAUAUGCCCCAAGCAUUCUUGGCUACUGGCUGACUUUCGCAUUCAACCUAUUCUGCGUAUCGGCCACGUGUUGGAUUGGCUGGGCCCUCAUCGACGGUUUGCGCCAGGACUUUUCCACCGAGAGACAAGCACUAAGGGCUGAUAUUCUUGCCGAGAUUGAUAAAUGCUCAAGCGAUUAUCGGGAGAACAAAUGCUUUCCGGUAGAGAAACGGUUACCGGCCAUGUAUGAGCUAUGUGACCAAUGGUUCGCUUGCAUGAACCAAAACCCGGAUAACGUCAAGCAGGUAUCAAGCAGUGCCAAGGAAAUGGCCAAAAUUCUUAACGAGAUUGUUGAGACGAUGUCGUACAAGACUUUGGCCUUGUUGCUUAUUUUGUUCACGAUAUUCGCAUACAGCGGCAGGUCGCUAUAUAAGAGUACUAACGCAUUCACGGAUAUUCCCCAGCCUCAUCCGCCGGCCCCAUUCCCGUCACAUCAAGCAGGUGAUCAACACAUAAGGCCUCUUUCCCAGCAAGUAUACUGGCAGGCAAUACAACCUCAAACUCCACGACAUACAAGUAAUCGUCACCUCUUAGACAAUGAUGAGACUCCUGACACGGAUGAGGUACCGAGAUACGCGCUUCCGCCCCUAGAGACGCCUAUGUCACGGCGGAGUCCAUCUAAAGGCGAACGAGGCAGAAGUCCUACUAAGAGUAGAAGUCCAGUUAAGCGAUAUUAAGGCUAGGUAGAGAGUAAUGUGUACUAUAGUAAAUAGGAUGCUCAAACACGACCAUGAACGGUUCUCGAGUUAACGGCAACCCCCAAGUUAAUCGGAUAAGGGAGAUAGGAGUUGGCUUAUAGCGGGUCCAGAGGACUUAUAGCUUAAUGGAUCUGUAAAGUGCUAUAGCGAAAUUCAAAGCCAAUUAUCUAA